AUGAGUUUAGAGAUUCUCGAUUAUCUCAAGCAAGAGAAUUAAUAAUUGUAAGAGCAGGUUCGUGAGCUCUAAGGAUUGCUUUAAUUGAAUAAGUAGGCCUUGAAGGUAUUGAUGCCUCAAACAAGUGAUGAAUAACAUAAAGGACUAUUAACAGUAUUAAAGAAUUUGUAGGAGGAAAAUGAAACAUUACAAAUGAAAAUGGAGAAAUUAGUUAAAUAGCGUAACGAAGCUUAAUGUGAUUAAUUGAUAAAUCAGCAAAUAACAGAGGAGGUCUAAAGAUAAGAGAAAGAACUAAUUUUAUCAUUACAAUAAAAAAUGCAGGGCUUGCAAGAAAAUCUGAUGUCUGCUGAAAGUAAGUUAGCGAAAAUGGAGGAAUUAAAACCGGAAUAUGACGAAAUAGCUGGAGUGGUAAUCAAAUUUAGAGAAGUAUGUGAUCCUGAUCUUAUUGGACUAAAAAUGCAUAAUGAAAUUCAAAUGCUAAAUGAGCAACUCUUAAUUGAGCAGAAAUAGAAAUAGAAAUUAAUCAAAGAAAAAUAGAGCAUAUAAGGACUAAAUUUAAGAUUGAUGAAUGAAUUAUUGCAAUAAAAGAGCAUGGCUCAUGCUGGUAACAAACUGAUUUUCAUGAAUAAAGAUCCAGAAUAAUUAAUUGAUUUUUAGGCAAGAGCCCUUAAGUUAAUGGAUAACUCUUCCUCUUGUGAUACACCUUCUUCAAAAUCCUCAGAGGCUCCUCUAGAUGGAAAUUAUUCUCCUAAGAUUUAAUAGUUUUAGUUGAAUUCAACAAAGGGAACAGUUAUUCCUAAGCUUGAUUUAACAAGAGCUAAAUAAAUAUAGGAGAUUAAUGCUAAAAGAUAAAUACAAUAGACUUAAAAACCUUUGAAUGAUAUCUAAAGUAUGGAAAGGAUUUAAAAACUCGAAAAAGCUCUGGAUGAACUCAGAAAGAAUCAUUAAAGAGAAAUGAUCUUGAACAGGACAUUAUAAGCACACAAUGAUGAGUUGUAAAGAUAUUGCGAUGAGAUGGAACAUAGAAUAAAAUUGCUUACAAAUUCAAAUCUUCGGUAUUAAGAAAGAGCCAAAAAGAUGAAUUCAAAUUAUAAGUUCUUGCACCAGUUUUAUUUGAAUCAUAAGGACUUAUUACCAACAACUUCAAUAAGUAGCAAUCAUUAAAGAUAAACAUCUGCAAAUUAAAUUGAAGAUGAAUAAUCUUAAUCUAAAUAAUUUGAUAUUGAUGAGAUGGAAAGCCCAAUUUAAAGAUAGAAUAAUGAGCCUUUAAUAUAAUAAUAAUUAGCAUCAAGUGUUUAUUAUUAUAUACCAAAUAAGAAAGAUGAAUCAGUAAAAUAUUUAUUGCAGACGGCUUAAUAGAUAUAUUCAACAAUUUAUGAAAGAGUGAAUCGUGUGAUACAAGAAGAGCCAUAAUGCAAACACAGAUUCCGAUCAUUUAGCGAGAUCAUAAUAAAUUGA